AUGGCCCACGUAAAUCAUUUCUUCUACCUUUUCAUAGCACUCGUUUUGCUCGAAAGCUCCCUAUGCCAAGGUGGACGUCUUCUCCUCGACGCAACGAAUCACGAGUCGCCACCGAUUCCAACGCUGCCACCACAACCAAAUUCACCGUCGAUUCCAACGCUGCCAUCACAGCCAUCUCUUCCGUCUAUCCCGCAACCUACGACGUUGCCGCCGCUGCCCCCCGUACCUGCUCUUCCUAAGCUUGCUUUGCCUCCAUUUCCAACCAUUCCCAACAUUCAACCAAUAUCAUUCCCUCCAAUUCCAGCAGGAAUUCCAUUCAGUAUUCCCAAUGUUCCAUCAAUCCCAUCCAUUCCGUCUUUUGCACCACCGCCUGCAAGCGAAAGCCCAUGA